UUGCGGUCUUGUUUUGUCAGCCUCUCAACAGACAGAGCAGCCGCAGCAGGUCGUCAGGAGAGCAGCGCCCGACACGAACCGGUGAACGAGUCGGUGGACGUUAUUUUCGCCGGUUCGACCCUCAGGAGCAGGGCGCAGUCACAAGCCUGAGAGGUGAAUCUGUUCGUGCGCAGCUUCCAGAGGGUGUGUUUUGAUCCUGCGGAGGACUGAAUCAGAGGGCAUAGAAGGUGUUCUUAAGGCUGGAAAAAGAUUUGUGAUCAUCGUUGUCCUUCACGGCGCUGACACCGUCCACGCUGUCCUGAAGGAGACGUUUAACUGUGGAGCGUCUUCGUGGCCGAAUGGAUGCGAGUGCGUGGGGAGAAUACUAAUGAACGGCGCGCUGCGUCCUGCCGAGGCGCACCGCGUCCCCCGCUGCUGCUGAGGGCCACAGCAGAGCCGAUCAGUCAUCCGGAGCGCACCGGGGCCUGCGCACCGCCUCAGUCUCCCCACGGGAAUUAAUGAGCGGGAUCUGAGCACCGGAGCCGUUUUAUCUCCUGGAUAAAAAAACAACAACAACCUCCAACAGCUGCAGAAAGAAAAACGCCAAAAUGGGCAACAGCUUCUCCAACAUCUCUGCCUUCCAGUCUCUUCACAUCGUCAUGCUGGGCUUGGACUCUGCUGGGAAGACCACAGUCCUCUACAGACUCAAAUUCAACGAGUUUGUCAACACGGUUCCCACCAUCGGGUUCAACACGGAGAAGAUCAAGCUGAGUAACGGCACCGCGAAGGGCAUCAGUUGUCAUUUCUGGGACGUGGGGGGCCAAGAGAAGCUGAGGCCCCUGUGGAAGUCCUACAGCCGGUGCACCGAUGGGAUCAUCUAUGUCGUGGACUCUGUGGACAUUGACAGGCUGGAGGAGGCCAAAACUGAACUGCACAAAGUCACCAAGUUCGCGGAGAACCAGGGCACGCCGCUGCUGGUCAUCGCCAACAAGCAGGACCUGCCCAAAUCUCUUCCAGUGGCGGACAUUGAGAAGCAGCUGGCUCUGCACGAGCUCAGCCCCUCCACCACCUAUCACAUCCAACCUGCAUGUGCUAUAAUAGGCGAGGGGCUUCAUGAGGGUAUGGACAAGCUGUACGAAAUGAUACUGAAGAGGAGGAAAUCACUGAAACAGAAGAAGAAGCGAUAACAGCUGCUGAUUCUGUGGAAAGUGUUUUAGUCUAAUUAACUGUAAGGAAUCCGGGUUCUGCCAGUGUUGCCCUAAACAGGUUUACUUUGCAGUGUUUUUGUUUUUGUUUUUCACAUCCUCAGUUUGGAUUAAAGCUGUUUGACGCUGUGAAGCCCUGCUGAGUGCAUCAUUCAGCACACAGGAGGCUGCAGGAUAUAGAAUACAUAAUAACCAAAAAGACAAAUGUAGAAAAGAAACUUGAAAUGACUCUCUGGAUCUACAGCAUGGAGGAAGAGACGCGGGCUGGCCCGUUCGUCUGCUGCUUUUGUCGUGGACUUUGAACACAGUUUGACCCUGAAGAAGAAGCUCCUCUGCUGUAGCUCACUGAGGACUGUUAUGGCACAGUAGUUUUCAUUUCCAACCACAGGAGGUCUACUGUGGGGACACACGUUUGAUUUUGCACGUGGCUCGGGUCACUUGUGCCCCCUGCUCCUUUUUGUUUUUAUUUGGAGGACAGACAUCUGUAGUUUCAGUCUGGAUGUCAUGCUGACUGUUUCUUUGGGAGCAUUGAAGUAGCCUUUCCUCUGCGUGGUGGACUGAGGACAGAGUGUCCACUACUUUGCACUUUUCAUUUCCUAACAAAACAGUAGAGAACUACACUGUAUUAAUAGAGGAGCCAAUCCAGGUGGUUUAUGUACUAAGAAGCCAAAAUUGAAGUAUUUUUUGAAUAUUAAAAGAUUUAAAAUCCACGAUUUGGGUGACUGGUUUUCAUUCAAAUGUUACAGGUUACACUGGCAGCAGCAAGUGGGAUAACACAGAUGGCUUGGCAUGGUAAAAACAAAACCUGUGAACUGUUGACCUGAUUCAUUUCUCUACCCAGAUGCUCACAGGUGUGGAUCAAAGGAAAAAGGGUCAAAGGUCCCAGAGUUCAGAGAGCCUGCAGAAGGUUAAGUGAGAGAAAAGCCCGAGCACAGAUUUCUGUUUCAAUCUACUGCACAUGAGGUGAACAUUUAGAGCAAAGCCGGAGCUCGUUUGCGAAAUUUAUGGAUCUGCAUUGCGGUGCUGAAUUUUCUGCUUCACAACAGUGUUUACAGCAGCAACCAGUGCUCCAAUGGGACCAGUGCUCACCGGUGUGUCCCAUCAUUUGUGGACAAGAUGCCUGUUUCUUUGUGAAGUACAAUAUGUGGUCUACUUCAGUCGGAGAGCUGCUGAAUAAGAGUUUUUGCUGUCUUGUUUAGGCUCAGCAACAAUCCAAAACUCAAAAUAUGUUCAGUUCAAUAUAGAAGUUGAAGGAAACCACCAAAUAUUCACAUUUGAAGAAGCUGGAACCUGAUUAUUUUGGCUUUUUUUCUUUAAAAACAAAUAACUUCAGUGACUAAUAGCUUAAAUGAAUCGAUUGCUUGCUUCAGCUUUAAUUUGUACCCUCACAUGUAUAAUUCUCCUCUUCAUGUGCAGACUUCUCUAGUUCAAGCACCGACAGUUAAUGUGUUUGAUGGCUUCAGUGAUCGAGCUCUUAUCUUGUGUUACUAGUUGACAUGAGUUAGUCUGUGGCAGUAUUGUUUUUUGUGGAGUAGACUGGUUCUCUCAGGUGGUGGGAUGUGAUACAUUUUGAGGUACUUUACAUUGAUAUUUCCUUUCUGUUUUACUUUAUACUUAUAAAGUAUAAACACAUAAAUUGUCUUGUUAAGAUUUAAGUUGGUGAUUUCAAACAUUUUGGGCUCGUGAUCUCUUACAAAACAACAGUGUCAUGGCUUCUUGUCAUGUUUCAGAUGUAUCCGGUUUAUUGUCAGUUGCACCAAAGAGUUACUUCUACUCUGAAGUAAAGUCAAAAAUGAUUAUAAAUUGUUAUUCUUUGCUCUCCCACUAAUGAUAGAAACAAAAACCAUCUGGCUACUGUUUCAUGG